AUGCCUCUCGUCCAAUCGGGAAAAAGAAAGGAUGCUCACAAUGCUCUCCAGCUGUCCCGCGAUAAGGGCAAGGUGCGUGUCAUUGAACGAUCUGCAGCACUGCUUUCCUCAAUGGCCGGUGGCUUGUCAAAGAACCCACCUUCGCGCAGCAAUACUCCAGUUGGUCGCACCUUUACCAACCUUCGCCGUGGAAACCUCAAGCUCUUCUCCAUCUUCCGAAAUGGCAAGAGUUCUAUUCCAAGCUCUGGGGAUGCUAGGUCUACCAGCAUCAGCUUAGUUAGGAACAAGCCCAAAGAGGCACCACAGCUCGACGCUGCCAAAUCCUACUCCAAUACUUCUUUACAAUGCGCUAUGAUUCUCGACAAACCUAUAGCUCUACCGAAUCUCAACCUAGAUCCAGAUAGCACAUCGUUGCUCCAACUUACAAACCCUGCUGUCUUCGAUGGCGAAUCCGAGCCUUUCCUCGGCGCUCGCACCCCACCUCCUACCCCUAUAACCACCAGUUGGUCAUCACCGACUCUUUCUCAACAGCUCACAACCAAGCUCUCAAACGCCCUGAUGAACAACGAUACAGUAGUACACCGUCCAAAGCUAAGCUCCCGGCCAACUGUUGAAACGAACCACUUCCGGCAGCCAAGUACUACGACCUCGCCCAAAACUCCAAUGUCUGAAGCUCCUUCUCUUCCUUCAAGCGUUCUCAGCCCUGGCGGUAGUCUUUCGCCUUUGAGCCAGUCAACUGCACCUACGUCCUUGGUUUCCUCAGGUGGCCCACUGUCCGCUGAGACGAUACAUUGUGCCCUCGCAACCGAUAUCUCACCUUGUCUUUCUCGUGAGCCUACGGCUGAACACCCCCCUUCCCGGUUUCUAGUCUUUCCCCGCCAAGAUGCGCCACAGCUUUGCGCGCCUUCUGUUGCUACAAUAGAGAUUGCAGCUGCGGCGAAGAUCUUUUUCGAGUCACAUUUCAACCAGCUCAUUUCUACCAGAGUCACACCAAGAUCUAUGCGCCGCCGACAGAUGGAACGCAAACUCUUCGCCAUGGCUAUCCCUAUUGAACAACGUCACUGUAAGCGGAAAGAAUAG